UUCAAAGCCUUGCCUUCCGCAGCUUGCCUGGCCUGCUGGUGUUGUCUAGAGCAUCCGAGAGAGCGGGAGGGACAGCACACAGGCCGACGGAGGGAGGACGAGUGUGUAUAGUCUCCCAGGAGGACAGAGGGUGACAUUCCCUCAACUUGACAUUUAGUGAGCAUCUUGCCCUAACUGGUCAAGAGACGAACCUCGCCAUCGCCCGUUUGCUGCCAAGUUUUCUUCAAAUCAGGACACGGUACUGGCUGAAGAUGAAAGCCGUUAUCUUAGGUGUUUUACUACUGGUCUCCGGUGUCUUCAACCUUUCCACUCCUGAAGUCCCAGCCGUCAUCAAUGUCACCGACGCCGUCAUUUCAGCAAAUGAUAAAACAAUGGAGACAACUGCAGCGGGAAUAGCGAGAACCGAAUCCCGCCUUGGAACAUCUGAAUCUCAAGUGUUGACAACAGAGCCUCGGGUCGUGACGAAGGAACCUUACACCUUGACAAACGAGCCUCAUGUCAUGACAAGUGCUAUAACCAGCGAGCCGCUUGUGGUGACAAGUGGACAUGUCAUGACAAAUGAACCGCAGGUCCUGACCAGCCAACCGCAUGUCAUGACAAGCAACGCUCCAGUGACUACAUCUGAACCUCGCCCCAUGACAAACGAACCAGGUGCAACUGCGGCGCCGGUCUCGACAGAUGCACCCGUAGUCAUGACAACUGAACCAGACGUCCUGACGACUCGACCUCAAAGCACAGAUGUCCCGUCGACAGAGCAAACCCCAGAGGAACGAACUCCGGUCUGGACAUCUUGUCUUCCGGCAGCAGAAACAGACGCUUCGCAGGACAACUUUGUACCUUUGUUGAUGAAACAGUGGUGCAGCAACUACAAUGCCACGAUCACGUGUCUGGAGCAAAACCUGACGACCCAGGCUCCAUCCAACCCCCUCGAUUCCUUCGCCAGACUCCACUUCAACGGUGAUGUGCUGAGGAGCAGAAGCGAGCAGCUGUGUCGGUCUUUCUAUGAUAUCAGAGGGCAGCUGGAAUGCACUCGGCAAAGAAACGAGACUCUGGUCAGCUUGUGCCAGUCCCGCUUCGCCAAAGGCUUGCAGUAUGUCUUCGCAGUCCAGCGCGAGAAGAUCGCAGACGUGGCUUCUACAAGGAGCUGGCCUGUCAGGUGACGCUUGACACUUCCGGUUGUCUGGGGGCCGCCAUGACGGGAUGCGACACGAACGUCAAGCGCGACGUCCUCAACUACUACGCCAUCUUCACCAACGAAACGUGUGUCGCCAACCCCAGCGUGGCGUACACAACACCUACGCCGCCUCGACGAGAGCCGGAGGACGUGGUCAUCGCAUGCGCCAAACUUAUCGCCGAGACUUUGCCGAGGUCAGCAGCUCCUCCCAAAGACGCAUCUCGCGUGGCGCAGGUGAUUCACGGACUGAGGGACAAUUGCAGGUCAUUUGAAGCUCGCUACAACUGUUAUGAUGAGAAGCUCAAUCAGAUUCGGAGUCCAGCUUUCCGUGACCUUUGGCUCAUGUCUACAUUCAGCAGCAAAAACGCCAUCAAAGCACAGAAGGAGUUUUGUGAGGCAUUUGAGGGUGGCUUGGUGAACUCCUUCACGGAUCAGUGCUAUGCAGACGCCCAGCCCUCGCUGCAAGAGUGUGAGAUGGCGUACGGCGAGGAGAUCGUCAGCCUGCAGAGCCAGUGGCUGAGCCGAGCCAUCGAUGACGUCGGCCUGCGCAAAGCAGCGUGCAAUGUCAGUCUGACGAGAGCCACGUGUCUGGGGAGGGCCUUCUCUCACUGCGGCGACCGCCUUGGCAAGACCAUGGAGACCAGCGAGCGGGGUUCUCUGCCCUCCAUUUGCCUGACUCUUCUUUCUCCUCCGCCGCGCGAGAGCGAGCAUGACAGGGGCGACAACCGCGCGCCGAAGGCCGUGCCUGAGCAGGACGGCAGCAUCAGCAGCGGCUACAGCAACGUCAACGACAACUCGGUGACCUCUGACCUGGGAGCGAGGGAGUCCAUCGCGCGCAAGCAGUCGGGCAACAACGUGUCCGCUUCGCAGAGUGCGGCCGGAAGCUCGGCGGUUGUCAUGGAGAUCAGUGUCACCGUCUUGAUGUUUGCGUUUGUCUUGCGUGGCGCCCUCUUGGCAUAAGAAGGUGUAGGGAAAGAAAGAUGGGGGAGUAAGUUUGAAGAAUCGGUUGGCUUGUUGGGGGGAGGGGAGGUGACAGGGAAGAGGAAGGGUGUAGACUGUAGACUGAAAAUACAGAAAUUUCAUUUUCGGUUGGGGAGGGAUAAUAUAACUGAGGUCAAGGUUAAUUACUGGCAGGCUGACCGUGCAUCUCUCGUUUCUGUGUGCAUGAAGGUUGGGAUAAAGACUUUUCCAGGUGUUAGCUAUCCCGAGGUGCCUUGCGUUGUACCUACGUGCAGGUGUGCAAGCCAGCAGGUUGUGGGUGCUUGAGGAGGACAGGACAGAGAAAUGGAACUUUGUAACUCCCAAGCUUUCGGAAUUCGGAUUAACGGACAUGUCCAUUACACUUUUUACAUUCGUCGGAAAUACAGAUGUGUGGCUGACCGGAAAGCGCCCAUCCUCCGAAUGUUAAUAUUAUUAAUGGGCUACAUGCUCAUACUGAUACAGGAAGUGCAUUUCAACUAGCGGUUCUCAGCUCGGCGCUCCAGAGCACACAAUAGUGGUUCAGUAUAGAGACAUAAUAUGAGAGUUUAGCGGGAUAUAUUGUCAUUUAUUCUGUAAUGCAAUGCCGUAUUCUUUCAAGGUACUGCUUAAGUUUAAAUACUUUGUAUCACAACAACAUUAAAUACAAUAAUUUCUCUCUCGUUUUACAUUUGUCAGCAAAACACUUGCACCAUCAGCAAAGAAUUCCAUUAUGAUUGCUUUUUUUAAAAAAGCCAAUAUCAUUCGUUAAUAAAAGAUAAUUCAGAAAUUAAUUUAAAGAUUUCAAAAGGACGUUCAAAUCUUUUAUUUUCUUUUUUUUUUUUUUUUUCAUUCGAAUCUGUAUGCCACCUUGAUAUUUACUCCUAAGUUUGCACCAUGUUGUUGGCACGAGCUUUGUGAUUGAAAUAUGCCACCACCUCCAUCUUACAUCUCCGUGUACAAAGACUUGGAACAGUUUCGUGUGACAUGCUUGCUUAGCUCUGUGUGUGUGUGUGGAGGUGGUUGGAAUCCUAUGUAUUGCUGGCGUUUAUUCAAAUGUCACUCACACACGACGAGUCUGCCUCAACGCUUGCAUCCUUUCUGAAUGCUAACUAGACAUGCACAAGCCUGUAUAUAUACGCAUGCGAACACCACCCCAAGGCCCCGGCUGCUGAUGACAGGCUCGAAUACUCUCAUCAGGGACUUCGCCGUGAGUCUUGGACCGCCAGGCCACCCGAGAUAAAUAAUCACCAAUAGUAGAAGGCGGGAAGGGUUGAGGGAUGGAUGGUGUGGCUGUCUCUCUAUGUACAGCAUUUUGUCAUUGUAGGAAGGACACACCUUUGAACAUGAGGGGAUAGAUGGUGUGGGAAGCGACACACCUUCGAACAGUCAUUUAUGUUCAGCCUGAGCACAGCAAAGAGGUGAUCCGCACCGGCUCCGCUUUGCCGACUUAGUUUUCUUGUGAAAUGUUGGCUUCUAGAUCAAUGAACGAAAGCUAUAAAGAAAUUAAUUUAAAAUUAAAUGAAUGAAAAUGGAAAAUAAAGUCAAAUUUUUUUGUGGUUUGGGUGUUUUAAAAGAAUAAAGGGGAAACAACUGGGAGGUUGACAGGUCGCAGGCUGUCAGGACAAGAGCAGGUUAUUUUCCUUCCUUGUCAGGAUGGACAGAAUAUUUUGUAAUUAAACACAAAGUGAACAGACUAGUGUAAUCUCUCAAGUCGACUUCACAGAGAAAGCAACAGGGAUGUAAUCACACAAGACCACUUCUCUAAGUGUUCAGGUGUUAACAAUCAGACCCAGAGAAGUGUCACGUGGUCAGGGAACAGGCCGACUUCUUCAACCAAAGUAAACAAAUGUCUAACAAGGAAACAUUUUUAAUUUCAAAAAGAUUUUUUUAUCCGACAGCAGUGACUGGUAUCCUCAAACAAGCCUUCUGUACAUAAAGAAAAUAAAGAAAAUGCUGAUUUUUGUUGUUGUAAGCAAUUUGACUUUCCAAAAAACUGUUUGUAUGAUAGUACAUAAUGUUUAUGUAUUAAAGAACUUUAAUUAUUCAAUGAUAGAACUUGAGUGCAACGAAACAUAAUUACUCUCAAAGUUUAUAAUAUUCGUAACAAUGUUUGCAAUAAAUACAUAUUGACAUGAUGAUACACUGCAGAAUAUACCACCUUCAACAUACACUACAUCGGACUACACUACACUACACAACUUGUAUUCAUGUAACAGUUUUUCAUUUCCGGUGGUGGUGAUAGGAAACACUUGUAGUGAGUGGCCUUCAAUGAUUUUUUAAAUGGUGUUCUGUCAGUUUACUAGUGGUUUUCAUUGGAUUUUUAGUGUUUUUCUUGAGUAAUCUUUUAUUAGAUAAUUCUCGCUUGUCACAGUGUGUAUAUUUUCAGUGGAUUGGUUCUAGUGUAGCUCUUACUGUAGUGGUGGUCUGUUCUUGAAUACCUAUGUUCCCCCUAAAGGCUGUCUACUCAUGCUCAUACCUGCUGAGCAAAAGACGGUGUAAGUCUCUUCCUUGUGUUUAGUGAACAACGAAAAUUGUUUAAUUAAAGCAUUUUAUAUUAUA